UUAAGUCACAUUAUUUAACAUAAUUAUUAAUUAUUAAUAAUAAUUAUUAAUUAUUUCCGAUAGCCAAUUUAACCCCAACAUAUUUGGUGCCUCCGUGUGAAGCCUAAGGUGUUGACCCCAACAUUUUUGGUGCCGCCAUGUGAGAUGAAUAUAUGUUGAUUCACAACAGGUGAUAUAGUGAUAUGUGAAACUAGACAAGCUUAGGCAUCCCUCGGUUCCAGUCAUGUUGACGUGGGCUAAACAACGCUGCUUUUGGCGAGGGAAAAACUGUCAUGACUAAUUUGAGCACUGAAAAUGUAUGAUGACUUACUGUAAAUGUGUAAAAAGAGAGUGAAAGUGCUGGUAUUUGUGUUUUCAUUCACAUUCAUGGACUCCUUAUUGUCCUUCAAGUUUAUGCCUUAACAAUGUUUGGUUGUAUGACAGAUAAUCGCCAUGAUAAUAACCUAACUAUGAAUAGCAUUUGUGUGUGUGUGUGUGUGUGUGUGUGUGUGUUAGUACAUGCAUGCAGACGUGACACCAGGCACAGUGCCUCCAGUCACUGGCGGGGGGGAGUCUGAAGUCUGACCAACUGUUGACAGAACAGAGGUCAGAACACUUACAGAUAUUCAACAGGACAGAGGACUCGGGUCUAAUCUGUGAAACACAGGACAUUAUUUUCAUUUUAAAUGAGGAACAGUCAAGGGGCUGGUACCACAUGUAUUCUUGAUUUUCUAAAAUCUACAAAGUGAUAUUUUAAAGCUAUAGUGCAUAACUUCUACAGGUCCAUAAAUGUCCGUUUCACCCAAGCCACUACUAGAGGAGAUGACACAAUGCUGAUUAAGCCGAUUGGCUCCUCUAACAUCUCGCGGUAUUUUUCAAUAUAUAUCAUUUUUAGUUUGUGGGUCGACCGGCGACAUUCCCGCGCUGGCACACAGGAAAUGCUUCCUCACAACAAGAAGGGUGGGGGAGGAAGAGCGGAGAGUGUCAUUGCAAGAGGUAGAGCACAGGUAGAAAGAGAAAGCAACAUGGCGGAGAAGCGGCCGAGACACAGUUCAGAAGUGGAUCCUACCACAAAGGCAAGUGUUACUCUGUGUACAUGGAAGUGCCGCCGGGCUUAUUAGUUGUAAUAACGCAUUAUCCGCUGGGAGGCGACAGAAGUUACGCACUAUAGCUUUAAUAUACAUCUUGGAUCAUGAAAUGUUUGUCUCCUUAGCUUGGAUGCUCAGUGGCACUAUACAGCUGAGAGUGGGGUUGGGUCAUAUAGUUAAAAAUCAUUGUUCUAUCAUUAUUAUUUUCAGCAUCACUAUUUCAACAAGAUUUUUUUGCAAUUUGCAGUUGUCCCAGGGGAGCAGCCAGACCCAAAUAACCCCAAUGACAUGACUUAAAAGGAGCUUGAAUGGCUCACCCAGUAUGGGGAAACUGGAGCCCUGUUCUGGAGCCAGACCUGGGGGCAGCUGGCCGGCGAGCAUCUGGUGGCUGGGCUUUGGGCCAUGGGGCUUAGCCUGAACAAACAUCAUGGAGCCGCUGCACUGUGGGCCCACCAUCCACAGGGAUAGGCAUUGGGGCCAGGAACCCUGGCACACCGACCCCUGGCAUUGACAACCAGCUCUAGGGACAUGGAAUGUUACCUCUUUGGUGGAGAAGGAAGUGGAGUUGGUACAGAAGGUGGAACGGUACCAACUAGAUAUAGCUGAGCUCAGCUCUAUAUACAAUUGCAUAUACAAUUACCGAUGUCAGUCUCACUCUGCAUGUGUGUAUGUGUGUCAUUUGACAGAUCGUGAGCUGGGACUUUGAGGUGCACAUGGAUGUUGUUCUGUAGUGUACACGUCUCUUCAUCUCCUCAGACCAUGGCUGACUAUGGCAUAUUGGUUAAACAUUGGGGUAAAGUGGAGGCAGACUACGAUGGCCACGGGAGCCUGUUUAUGACCCGUUUAUUCAAGAAGCACCCAGAUACCCAGAAGAUGUUCCCCAAGUUUGCUGACAUCGCCCAGGCUGACAUGGCUAGUAAUGCACAUGUUACUGCCCUGGGUUCUGCCGUGCUUAAGAAACUGGGUGAGGUGCUGAAGGCCGAAGGCAACCACGCUGCCAUCCUCAAACCUGUGGCCAAAAGCCAUGCAGAGAAGCUCAAGAUCCCAUUUGAUAAACUUCAGUUGCUGAUCGAUGUGGCUGCUGAAAUCAUAAAGGAGAGGGCAGAACUGGAUGCCGAUGGGCAGCAAGCCCUGAAGGGAAUGAUGGCUGUUGUCCAUGCCGACUUCAAGGCCACCUACAAAGAGCUGGGCCUCAUCACCUGAAGAUGAAAAUCAUAUCAAAGUCAUGUAAGACGCAGAUGAGAGACAAAAAAAUUAUUAUUAUUUUUUUUUUAUCUUUGGUAAACAACUAUUCUGCAAUGAAAUGAAAUUUAUUACAGCACCACCGUAAAUUACAUCCUUAAAUAAUACUAUGAAGAUCAUAAAGAACAGAAUGCAUCUUUUAUUGCAGCAUUAUUGUGUUGAAUUCUGUGUAAUGGUGUAGGUUUUUCUGUUACUGUAUCCACUCCUAACUGUAACUGUAACUGUUUUUAUUACAGUUAAAUGAGGUUGAUAUUUUUGCUGGGAGUCUUGACUAACAACAAAACUGUAAACCUUUUCAAUAUAUUACCAAUAAAAUUCUGUCACUCUGCUCUGCU